UCGAAUACAUUAUUCAAAAUGAUACAAAUAUUAAAGAAACAAAUUUCAACACAUUUGAAGAAAUAUAGAAAUGUUAAUACAUGGUCAGCUUUAGCAACAGCAUUCAACACUAUUACCAAAGAAAAGUAUAAAUAUCUUUUAAAGAAAGAAACUGGAUUAUUUGGUAUGGCUGAGUUGAAAACUCCUGAAGGAUUUCAUGUUCUAAAGGAUAAAGCAAUAUCCCAGACAGAUAUGCUUAUAGCAGAAUCUAUUAAUUCAAGUAGAACACGUAAGAUGGUAGAAAUUUUUGAUGACAUGUCUGACACUUUGUGUAAAGUUGCAGACUUAGCAGAGUUUAUUAGAAUUGCUCACCCAGAUAAAGAAUUUGUUAGAGCUGCAGAGUAUACUUGUUUAUCUAUUAGUGAUAUGGUAGAAAAACUAAAUACUCAUCGUGAAAUAUAUAAUGCACUAAAGCAGGUAGUAGAUAAUGGAGAUAUUCAGAAAACAUCUACUGUAGAUGAUCAUGUUGCAAAAUUGUUCUUGCUUGAUUUUGAACAGUGUGCUAUACAUUUGCCAGAAUCUAUCAGGGAAAAUGUUGUACAACUGAACUAUCAUAUAUUACAAGUUGGUCAAAAAUUCAUGGCAGGUACUAGCAAAGUAAGAGCUGUAGAUGCUAACAUUCUGUCACCAGAACUAAGGCAAUAUUUUACAGUAAAAAAUAAUAAAGUAAUAGUGCAAGGACUUUAUGUAGAUUCUUCUAAUUAUUUGGUUCGCGAAGCAGUAUAUCGUAUAUAUUUAUAUCCAGAUGAGGAACAAGAAUAUUUAUUACAAGAACUGUUAAACUUAAGGCACAAUUUGGCUGAACUGUGUGGAUUUUCAUCAUAUGCCCAUCGAGCAAUGAUAGGAAGUACAGUAAAAACACCAGAAGUAGUACAUGAAUUUCUUAACAUUUUGAAUGACAAUAUAAAAUUCAAAGCAACACAAGAUUUUAAAGAGAUGCAAAAGAUGAAAGAUUCCGAAUCACUUACAAAACAGAGUAUAAUGCCAUGGGAUACUACUUAUUUUACAUUAAAAGCAAAGAAAACCUGGUUAAAUACAUCCAUUAAUGAAUUUGCACCAUACUUUUCACUUGGUUCUUGCAUGGAUGGUAUUAAUAAUUUGACCUUAGCAUUGUAUGGAAUUCGGUUAGAAUAUGUCCCAAUUUUAUCUGGUGAAGUUUGGGCAAGCAACAUACACAAAAUUGCUGUGAUUGAUGAAAAUGAAGAAAUAUUGGGUUAUAUAUAUUGUGACUUUUUUGAAAGAGAAGGAAAACCUAAUCAGGACUGUCAUUUUACUAUUAGAGGCGGAAGACAAUUAUCAGAUGGAUCUUACCAAAAUCCGAUAGUAGUAUUGAUGUUGUCGUUACCGCUUCCAACGUGGAACAAACCAUGUUUAUUAAACCCUGCUUCUGUAGAAAAUUUAUUUCAUGAAAUGGGUCAUGCAUUGCAUUCUAUGUUAGGCAGAACAAAGUAUCAACAUGUAACUGGAACUAGAUGUAGUACCGAUUUUGCAGAAGUGCCAAGUAUACUAAUGGAAUAUUUUGCAAGUGAUCCAAGAGUUGUAUCUACAUUUGCAAAACACUUUGAAACAUUGGAACCAAUACCAACAGCUUUAGUAGAAAAAUUAUAUGCCUCAAAAAAUAUAUUUUGUGCUUCUGAGUUACAAAAUCAAAUAUUCUAUAGUAUGUUGGAUCAAGUUUAUCACAGUAAAAAAUUGGAAAAGUCAACAACUGAUGUUUUAAGAGAAAUACAAGGAAAAUACUAUGAACUUCCUUAUAUUGAAAAUACGGCAUGGCAAUUAAGAUUUUCUCAUUUAGUCGGCUAUGGUGCCAAGUAUUAUUCUUAUUUAAUUUCUCGUGCAAUUGCUACUUGGAUUUGGCAAACUUAUUUUCAAGCAGAUCCUUUUAAUCGAACAGCUGGUGAUCGAUAUCGAAAAGAGUGUUUAGUACAUGGAGGUGGUAAACCACCUUCCACUCUAGUAUCUGAUUUUUUAAACAAAGAAGCUAGCGCUAGUAAUUUCGCAAAAUCCUUGCUUAAUGAAAUCGAUAUGAAAACUGAACACGUACAAAAAGUAAGGGGACUAGCUUAAUCGUGUUCAAACAAUGAUUGAUAUAGUAAUAUUUAAAAUGUAAGGUGCUUAAAAAGUUUUUCUACUAUGUACAAAAAUUUUGUCACAAGGAACAUAU